AUGGAAUUAUGCGGCAUUCCCCCACCGAUCAUGGACUGGUCUAGUUCGAAUUUGCGUGAAGCCUGGAAAAAGUUUGAACAACAUGUGAAGCUGAUUUUCGCAGGCCCAUUGAAAGAAAAGAAUGAAGAAGAACAAGUCUCAUACCUUUUAUUGUGGAUUGGCGAGAAAGGUCGUGAUAUUUACAACACUUUUCCAGCAUUUUCGAACGACGACAUGAAGAAACUACAACCACACUAUGAUAGAUUCCUCAGGUACGUUCAACCCAAGUUAAACCCAAUCUUCGCCAGAUACAAGUUUAACAAUGAAGUACAGGGAACAAACACGUUUGAUCAGUUUGUGACUAAACUAAAACUAUUAGCAAGGGACUGCAACUUUAGUGACGCAGAGGAAAUGAUAAGAGAUAGAAUCGUGUUUGGGAUACAAUCAGAAAAAAUUCGGGAAAAACUUAUUAACGUUGGCGAGGCACUCACCCUAGAUAAGGCUGUACAGAUAGCUCAGGCAUACGAGUACUCUCAGGAACAGCUCAAACUCAUGGGACAGCAAUCGGUACACAUACAAGCAUUGUCCAAGUCUACACCCCAUACACACUCACCUGCAGAGAGAGGAGCGGUAGGAGACCACCCCACCAGACGAAGACGCGAUCCACUCUGCCAAAGACUCCGACAAAGUUUCCGUCUACCCCGAAGACGAAGCCAUGCGAAAAGUGCGGAAAGCGACAUGGAACUCAGGAUACUUGUCCGGCACAAGGUCAGAGGUGCAACAAUUGCCACAAGUGGAACCACUUCGCCAGUGUGUGUCGUUCGCGAUCCCAAUGUUGAGCAUUAUCAAGCAUUUAUUAACAUUAAGCUAGGCCCAAACCACAAAGAGGUUAGGUUCAAAGUAGAUACAGGGUCUCAAGUCAAUAUUUUGCCGGAAUCUUUGUACAUUGAUUUAGCCCCCUAUCACACAUUAGGCAAAUCUAAGAUUAAGCUUUUUGCUUAUAAUGGCCACUCUGUACACCCCAUAGGCUAUUCUGUUAUUCAAAGCAACCUUAAGGGUAAGGACUAUAGCAUUGAGUAUCAGGUCGUACAGACACAUUCGCAUCCAAUUCUAGGUUUACGAGCAUGCUUAGAUUUAGGCAUAGUUCACCUCACUUACUCUAUUGUUAAGGUUAUGCCCUUCAGUAAGAGUCAUGUGCUUAGUCAGUACUCAGAUGUAUUUCAUGGCAUUGGUCUGUUUGCAGGAGAAUGUACUUUUCAGGUUGAUCCCAAUGUUAGACCGGUUGUCAACCCCCCGCGCAAGGUGCCUGUAGCCCUACGCGACAAGCUAAAAGUAGAGUUAGACAGAAUGGAGUCAGCGCAAAUCAUCACCAAGGUGACAGAACCAACAGCAUGGGUGAACUCAUUAGUCGUUACUACAAAGCCAGCAUCAGGAAAGCUUAGAGUAUGUUUGGAUCCCAUGGAACUCAACAAAGCCAUUAUGAGACCACACUACCCUAUGAGGACCUUGGAUGAUAUCCUUCCUCAAGUCUCAGGUGCCAAGUACUUUUCCAAGCUAGAUGCCAGCUCUGGUUACUGGACUGUUGGACUUUCACGUGAAUCAUCACUGCUCACUACAUUCAAUACUCCAUUCGGGAGAUAUCGCUACCUGCGUUUACCAUUUGGCUUGAAGAACUCACAAGACAUCUUCCAGCAGAAGAUAGACCAAUGCUUCGAAGGAAUGUCCGGCGUUGCUGCCAUUGUUGAUGACAUAUUGGUUUACGGGCAGGACCCCACAGGAGCACAAUGA